AUGUUGCCCGAGUCGUUGAAGACAUCGGUUUUGCAUUUACCCAUCGACCAGAUUACCGAAUCUAGUUCACAUUUUGCCCUCCGACCCUGCCCUCCCAUCGGCUCACCUCGCAAGCCUUGCAGAGGAGUAGGACUGUCCUUCUCCUUCUCCUUCUCCUUUUUCACACCCCACUUUUGCCCCAUGACUACCCUUUUUCGGGACCACAGCAGUGUCCACCUCCUCACCCCUUCGUGCACUGGUACCCCCUCCCCACCACCACCACCACUAAUACUACUGCUACUACUACUGCCACUACCACCUCCCUUUAGUACUCAUCUUUCCGAGUUUGUUUCCACUCAUCCACCCUUUGGCUCCAUUUGGCAAGUGUCACCGUCUUUUCGGCGAUCUUCCCAGUUUUUGCUCGACCUUCUUGUCGCCCAACCGGGCAGAAUGGGAUCUGGAGCCUUCAGGAGGAAGAAUAACGCGUCAACACGUCUUCUGCAGACCCGUUCUUUUGCGUUGGGAGGUGACGAUUGA